UAAGUAGGAGAGGAGGAGAGGGAAAGGGGUGGAGACUUGAAGCCGCUUCAGACCGCCCGCCUUCUUCGUCCUCCUCGCGCCGCUUAGUCAAGCUUGUGCUCCUUGGACGUUCCUUUCCUGCCUUAAAAGUCGGGUGUCUUUUAUGAAUAAUCAAAAGCAGCAAAAGCCAACGCUAUCAGGCCAGCGUUUUAAAACUAGGAAAAGAGAUGAAAAAGAGAGGUUUGACCCCACUCAGUUUCAGGACUGUAUUAUUCAAGGAUUAAAUGAAACUGGCAGUGACUUGGAAGCAGUAGCAAAAUUCCUUGAUGCUUCUGGAGCAAAACUUGAUUAUCGCCGCUAUGCAGAGACACUCUUUGACAUUCUGGUGGCUGGUGGAAUGCUGGCCCCAGGUGGUACACUGGCAGAUGACAUGAUGCGCACAGAUGUCUGUGUGUUUGCAGCACAGGAAGACCUAGAAACGAUGCAAGCAUUUGCUCAGGUCUUUAACAAGCUGAUCAGGCGUUAUAAAUACCUGGAAAAAGGCUUUGAGGAUGAAGUCAAAAAGUUGCUGCUAUUCUUGAAAGGUUUUUCAGAGUCUGAGCGGAACAAACUGGCCAUGCUGACGGGUAUUCUUCUGGCCAAUGGGACACUUAAUGCGUCAAUUCUCAACAGUCUGUAUAAUGAGAAUCUAGUUAAAGAAGGUGUUUCAGCAGCCUUUGCAGUAAAACUCUUCAAAUCAUGGAUAAAUGAAAAAGAUAUCAAUGCAGUGGCUGCUAGUCUUCGUAAAGUCAACAUGGACAACAGGCUGAUGGAACUCUUUCCAGCCAACAAGCAAAGCCUUGAACACUUCACAAAAUACUUCACUGAUGCAGGAUUAAAGGAACUUUCUGAAUACGUCCGGAACCAGCAGUGCAUAGGGGCUCGUAAAGAACUGCAGAAAGAACUUCAGGAGCAGAUGUCACGUGGGGAUCCCUUUAAGGAUAUCAUCUUGUAUGUCAAGGAAGAGAUGAAGAAAAACAACAUAUCAGAACAGACUGUGAUAGGCAUUAUCUGGUCCAGUGUAAUGAGCACUGUGGAAUGGAACAAAAAAGAGGAGCUAGUAGCGGAACAAGCCAUCAAGCACUUGAAGCAAUACAGCCCUCUUCUUGCUGCCUUUACAACCCAAGGUCAGUCUGAACUGACUCUGUUGCUCAAGAUUCAGGAGUACUGUUAUGACAACAUCCACUUCAUGAAAGCCUUCCAGAAAAUAGUGGUGCUCUUCUACAAAGCUGAGGUGCUAAGUGAAGAACCCAUCCUGAAAUGGUAUAAGGAUGCACAUGUUGCCAAAGGAAAGAGUGUCUUUCUGGAACAAAUGAAAAAGUUUGUAGAAUGGCUCAAGAAUGCUGAGGAAGAAUCUGAGUCUGAAACUGAAGAAGGUGACUAAGUUGUCAAAAACAGUAAAGCAAACAGGAGCAGUAGAUAAAACGUCAUGUCUUGUGUCCUUCUGAUUCUUACAUCCUACCUCCCUGUAUCAAGCAUGAUAUAAGGGCUCUCAUGGCAAAUUUAUGUUUGUGUUUUCUAUGGUCAUUAGAGAACACCAGAUUUAGGUUUUUAAAACCAUGUGUUAGUAGCUUACAGGAGCUAUAGAUUUGAUUCUAACAUUGCAUUAGUUUUUUGAGUUACCUUCUACCUCCUGUAUUUUCUACUGUAACAUAAUUUAAGGCCUUCCACAACUUAAAAUUCAUUUUAUCCCUGGGUUUUCUAUAAAAAAAAGUUUACAAGUAGACAUGAUUUGGAAAAAUGAAAUUUGUUAUAAAAAUUCUGUUUGCAAAUUAAAACUGUACAAGUAUCCAAAGUAAA